AAAGUUGGUGUCCUAAGCAAGAUAUGUAUUUAUCUAGAAGUUAUCGUUUUAUACGGCGUGGAUUACACCAGAAAGCGUUCGUUACAAACGUUUUGAAAUCCAGAAAGUUGCAUGGGGGCGGUUCAGCAUACGCUGCACUCGAACAACUUCGAGAUAUCGCUGUGACUCCUGAGCAACCAGAACUCUACCAUGACGCAGUGAAGAUUUACAACCCUGCGUACAGUUAUGAACAGCCAGCCUUUGUCGCUUUUCCAAAAAAUGUUGAAGACAUCAAGCGCUGUCUGAAAAUUGCGGAAAAAACUAAUACUCCAGUCGCUGUUAAAUCCGGGGGCCACUGCUUCGCUGGUUACUCCACCACUGACAGUGAUGGUUUUGUCAUCUCCCUCAAAAACUUGAAUCAAGUUCAUGUGCAAGAGAACACGGUCACUGUUCAGGCUGGAGCUUGCUGGGGAGACGUGUAUUCUGCGCUUGAUGAUACUGAUUAUGUAGCUGUCGGAGGAUGUGUUCCGGCAGUGGGUAUCGGGGGAUACAUCCUUGGGGGUGGUUACAGUAUGCUGUCUCGUGCCUAUGGGGGUCUGGCUUGUGAUAAGGCGUUGUCAUUUACCAUGGUUAAAGCCGAUGGAAGUAAAGUUGUAAGGGCUUCUGCUAAAGAGAAUGAAGAUCUCUUUUGGGCUUUGAAAGGUGGAGGUGGUGGGAAUUUUGGAGUGAUGGUUGAUGUUACUUUAGAAGUGUGUCCACGACCUAAACAAUUCAUCUGGACCCGUCUCAUUUAUAACACAACUGAUCAGAGUGAACAAGGGCUCAGUGUGGUGGGUAAAAAUUUAUACAAUUUCCCUAAGGAGCUCAAUCUUGACAUGGCUCUUCAUGGCUACUUUGGAAAGAAAACACUGACUUUGGAUGCGGUAUAUUCUGACGUUCAUGAGGAUGCAGUGCAGUCAAGCCUUGAAAGUCUUCAUCCACCGGUAGAAACACAACCUCAGGUGUUCACAUCCUUUCUGCAGUUUUCAACUGAAUACAGCAAGCGGCAUGGCUUUGUUCAUCAGGAGGUAGAACCCAUUUAUGUUAAAGGAGUGAUGAUACAGUCCCUACCACCUUCUUUGGCCAAGUAUUUUGCCCAUGUUGAAAUCCCACCAGAAUGUCUUCUUGAGUUUGUUCACAUGGGUGGUGACAUUGCUCGACACUCUGUGACAUCCACUGCUUUCCCCUUCCGCACUGCUCAGUAUAGCUAUUAUACAUAUGGCAGGUUUCAUAACCCAGCUCAGAGAGAGGAGGUUCUUAAGUUUGCAACAACAACCUACAACGCAGUCAGAGAAUCUGGCUGUGCUCUUGGCAGUUAUGUCAACUACAUGGAUCGCCACCUUAAGAACUGGGGUAAGAAUUUUUAUGGUGUGAAUUACCCUCGUCUUUGUGAGAUCAAGGACAAAUGGAAUCCCAUAGGGCAUGGAUCCUUGCAUUUCCAGCAGGAGGUUGGUUCCUCAUGGGAGCCUUGACUUUUUCCUUUUUUUUGAUAGAAUGAAUGUGCCCUAAAAAUGUAGAAUUGCAAGCAAAAAGGUGAAAAGAAAAAACCAGUCUCAGAGCAAUUUUCCCCUAUAGUUGAAUGUUAGCUGAUACUCUGGAAAUUUCCUUUGCCCUCCUUCCCCCCCCCACUGAUUUCCAGCAGUUAUGUUCUUUUAUUUCAAGUUUUCCCUAAAUAUAACAAUGUUCUUAAAACAAUUUUUAUUCCACUUUGGAAAGACCAAGAAACUUUAAGUUUUAUGAGUACAGUCAAAGUUGGAUCAACUGUAACUGUAAAAAAUCAGACUUACAGACUGUAAAAGUUAUAGGUGAAUAAAGAAGUAAUAAU